AAACAUACGCCUCAUAUGUUUUAAUUGAGGUUAUGUUUGACUAAAAAAAUAAUGAAUUUGGUGAAGAACUUUCUCAAAAUUGCCGGGAAUUUGCAAUCCCGAGCCCCCAUACAUUGUUCAGCUGUUCUGGGGAGCUACAACUAUGGCCCAAGGAAGUUUGAACAGUACAACAAAACAAUCUUCCCUCCGGAAGAAGGUGUUGUCCGGCCUGCUUAUGUUUGUCACGUGAAGAAGAACAUCCGGUACAGCCCAACAAAGAUGUGGUAUGUGGCAUGUUUGGUACGUGGAAUGUCUGUGGAUGAGGCUGUCCGGCAGUUGAGCUUUGUCCUCAAGAAGGGCGCAAAGGACGUCAAAGAAGCCAUCCUGGAGGCACAGCAGAUGGCUGUAGAGCAGCACAAUGUUGAAUUCCGGAGUAAUCUCUGGGUAGCUGAGAGUUUUGUCGGCAAAGGGAAGUACUUCAAGGGGAUUCGGCGACAUGCCCGGAAGCGCAUGGGGGAGGUCGAAUACAAACACUGCCACUACUUUGUACGCCUGGAGGAGGGUCCCCCACCGGAGAACUACUACCCCGCCCCAUUGAACCCCGAACAGCAGCUCGACAAAUGGAUGGAGCAGAUCAGACGAAGAAAGAUCACCGGAUCUCUGUAGUUAUUUACGUAAAACACAUUUUUUGUAAAAAAAAAACAAUAAAUUAAUAAAAUAGUUAAUUACACAAAAUCCUAAA